AUGGCUGAUGGAACACGUUUAAAGGAUCUACAGGAAGGGCUCCAGUCCUUGAAGAAAUCUACAGACGCGGAUGACAUCCGAUUGACUGUUAGGAUGUUCAACCCUGCCAAUUUAAUACCAGCCUAUGGGCUGGCUAAGAUCCAAGAAGAGAAGGUAUCAACCCAGAAGAAAUUCAGCCAUAGAUCCACAAAUACCACCUACUCUGAACCAGCUUCCCUCAAAUUUAACCCAAACACUAAUACCACCUACCAGACCCAAACACAAGCCAAACCUCCAUACACAAACCAACCCAAGGCAAUGGUACCUGUCCAACAGAUUUCCCAAAACCAAAUGAAGGAGUGUAGGGAGAAGGGCAUUUGCUAUCAUUGCGAUUCCAAAUGGAAUCCAAGCCACCGUUGUCAAAGCCCCGAAUUAUAUUUGAUUGAGGAAGUGGAAGAUGACCUCCAUCCUAUAAGUCAAGAUACUGGUCAAGGAGUAGACAUUGAGGAUCUGGUGGAAAUUCCUGGCCCUAUGAAAUGUCUAGAAAUUUCCUUACAUGGCAUUUUGGGCUCCCUCAACCCGAGGACAAUGAGGAUAAGGGGCAAGAUUGGCACUCAAGAAGAGAUUGAGAAAAUAGUAAAAGAGUUGCUGGAAUCAGGGGUCAUUCGGUCUAGUCAGAGCCCAUAUUCCUCACCUGUGCUGUUGGUGAGGAAAGUUGAUGGCUCUUGGAGGUUAUGUGUGGACUAUAGAGCCUUAAAUAGUGCCAUUAUUAAAGAAAAAUUCCCUAUCCCAGUUGUGGAAGAGCUAAUGGAUGAGCUGCAUGGAGCUCAGGUGUUCUCAAAACUCGACUUAAGGUCGGGUCAUCAGAUUCUGGUACGGCCUGAAGACAUCCCAAAGACAGCUUUCCACACACAUGAGGGCCACUACGAAUUUUUGGUGAUGCCAUUUGGCUUAACCAAUGCCCCCUCCACAUUCUAG